CUUUUUGAUGUUCCUGAGGAAUUUUCAGCAGUGUAUCAUCGUCAACCAGUAAGAUUUUCUUGCUUGUGCGAUAUAAUUCUGAACACUUUGUCUGUCAAUAUUUCAGACCAGCCCACGUUUUGCUCAUACAUGAUCGCACUCUAACAAUUUAUUUUAGUUGGACAGUAUAUUGUAUCAGUCGUUGAACUGAACAGACCUGGAACGCUAUACCUCCAACGGGAAAUUUGAAGCCAAACUUGAAGGCCAAUCCCAGUCUUUUUACGCAUGCGAAGACCACUCAAUCUGUAAAUCGCGACAUAAAUACGUGUGAUCUGACCUCCAAAUAGACACGCGUGCCUGGAGGUCAAAUUUGGCUUUAAAAAAAAGAUGGCCGAUUGCGUGUGUAUCUUGAACAUUGCUUCAAAAAAUGAUUUUUAAAACACACUGUUUCGUGCACUCAAACUGACAGUUAUAUUUACUGAAAUUACUUCAAUCUCUUCAUAUUUCUAGGGAAUAUUUGACACCUGUUUCAAUGCUGGAAUAUUGGUCUUCAAGUAUGAAUUAAGUCGACUUCUUUUUAAUGUUCUUGGUAGAUUAGCUUCAGACCAUGGGUUUUGUGCCUUCAUCGAAUUUCACGAUCUUUGCUUUCUAAAAGUUGUGUUUCUCUUUUGGUUCAUUAUGUAGACCAUCGAAACAAGUCUACAACGAACUGAUAGAUACUUGGAAAGUAUGACAAUUUAUAAUUUUAUAAUAAAUAUAUUUGUACCGGAGCCAUGAGCAAUUAAUUUUACUAAUUCUGUUACGAUGUUUGUGAUGUUACUCUGAGUGUAUAUCCACACCGGGCGAGCUUGAAUUAAAAAUAUGCCCGGCCACGGUGGGACUCGAACCGUCCUGACCGCGUAGCUCAGUUAGCAGAGCAUUGGGCUAGUAUUCCAAAGCCCAAAGGUCGUAGGUUCGAUUCCCACCGCGGCCGGGCAUAUUUUUCAAGCUCGCCCGGUGUGGAUAUACACUCAAAGUAACACCACAAACAUCAUAUUCACACCUGAGUACACAACACGAGCACAGAAAAAAAUCAUAUUACUAGAUUACAUUGGUAUCGAAGAAACUAGAUUCUGUUCCGAAAUAUCACUUACUCGAACCGUCCUGACCGCGUAGCUCAGUUGGCAGAGCAUUGGGCUAGUAUUCCAAAUGUCGUAGGUUCGAUUCCCACCGUGGCCGGCACACUCUUCAAGCUCGCCCGGUGUGGAUGUACACUCAGAGUAACAUCAUAAACAUCAUAUUCACACCUGAGUACGCAACACCAGCACAGAAAAAAAAUUAUGUUAUUAUCUUUUCUAUCAAUGCACAGGAAAUGACGAAUGCAAUUGGUUGUCCACAUGACCAAAGAGUCCUUUGGUACUAUUUUGCUUUUCAAGGUAAAAUCUAUACUAUUUUCAGUGACAAUGUAAAACACACCAUGAUAUGCUAUGUUGUUUUCAACUUUAAAGGGAAAUGUCAAUAUAAAUUUUUAUUUUCUCAUUUGAAAGAACUUUUGAAACUAUAUGUAAAAUUCUUUUUGAUUCUUCAUAUCUUGCUUAGUUCUUGAAAUAUAUUUUCACUUGAAGUAAUAUGAGUUGUCCGCCAUCUUGGAUAAAUUUUUGAUCUCAUUAACGGUUGUUUCGGUGACGUCACAACAUGGAUUAACCAUAUCAAGUAUUCGUUGCUGACCAAAUAUUGAUUGGUAGAUGUUUUAAAGGUUGAUCUUGAUAUUUCGAAGAGCAGGCAGAGUAUAGUUUUGAGUGCAAAAUGACUAGUGAUUGUCUAGGUAAAUCUAUUGCGUGAUCCCUGUUGUGACGUGACAUGCAUAUCUACAAAAAUUAAUGAUAGCGGACAUUUCAUUCCUUUCGAUCAAAAUAUUUGUAGAAGUAAGUAAGAUAUGAAGAAACGGGAAAAGAGGAUUAUACAGUAUGUUAUAUCUUAUUGGAUUCUUCUGAGCCCAAUAUGGCAAAAUAUUAAGUCUCGACUUCAAUAUUAAUCUCUAAUAUUGAAGUCUCGACUUCAAUAUUAGGCUCGACCUUCGGUCUCGCCCAAUAUUGAAGUCUCGACUUAAUAUUUUGCCAUAUUGGGCGAAGAUGAAUCCAAUAGGAGUUUUAUUAUAUCGAACAAAACAAUUCUAUAACAAAAAUUGUCAAUAAGCGAUAAAGUAAAUACAGCGAGAUUAAUACAGCGACAACAUUACUACAUAUAUCGGCGGCGAAUUUGCUUAAAUAACUAAACAAAACAAGUUUAAUAAACCUGUUUUUUACAAAUAUGUGUGCAUAAAUAAACUCAAUUGCACGUAUGUUUAAAGGAAAUUUGACCUAAUUUUAACGAAAAAAAUAAUAUUAUAACUUCUAGGCUGUUGCAAACAAAUAAAUUUCGCGAAGACAAGUUUUCCCGCGCUUUUAUAAUUUUAAACAAAACUGGUAGAAAACACUGUAUUAAUGUCCCAAAUUCGUUUCAUUAUUCUGCCAUAUCGUUUGUCGUAUGUUUGAAAUUGACAAAACAUCUGAAAAGGGUUGAAAAACCAUGAAUUCGCAACUGUCCAAUAGGUUCCUGUCCAAUACCGUAAAAUAUUGGAUCGGCACGUGACCCUCUCAACGAUUACUGAUUGGUUAAGUGCGCGUGAGAGUAUAAUAAAGUCCCUUUAAGACCACACCGUGCUUCAUGUCAUCGAAACGUUUCGCCAAGUGAAAUAGUUUUGGCAUCUAUAAUAGUUUCUGUAUACCCACAAUUUUGUCGAAGCAAAACAUGAAAUUAGGGACCAGUCAUUAUUUAUGGCGGAGGGUGGCACCGAAGAGAAAUGUUUUUCUUGGUAAAGAUUUUGCUGACCCAACCAUUAAAAAGUCUAAAAAUUUUACCCAACCUCAAAUAUCAAUUAAAAAAAAAUACCCACCCCUGGCCAAAAACUUUACAAAAGGAUACCGUUCAGUUGUCACUCGUGUCCUUUACCACUUCUGUGACACGAGUUUGACAACUGCUUGUGCAAUUUUCUGCAUGUAAUGUUUCGUGUUGGCUGCACGUGUACUUUCUUUGGAGACACCAUUUGCCUCCUGACAAAUCGGAAAAUGAUCAAGAUAGUGACUCUGAUUGAUUGAUUCACAUAUUGUAUUUACAUGUAUAUAACUGUUGACAUUGCUUGUUAAUCUUCGAUAUUCGUCUGAGUCAUGCUUAGGAAAUGAAAAUACAUUUUUAUUACCCAACCCUUAAGGUAAUUCCGCAGCAAUUGUUCCCGAAAUGAGCAUGUGCUGAAACUUCCCAGGCAUGGAGUUUAUGAUAUACUUAAAGUAAAAUCGCAAAAAAGUCGGGGUCACCGAACUCGUUAAGAAGAUAUGACAAUCACAAUAUACCACCUUUACCCCAUAUGGCGCCAUCUUGACGCUCAUUACGAGUAACAGCAAACUCACAACAGACCGAUAUUUAUUGACGUUUUUAGCGCGGAUUUUGUGUUAGUGAAACCUAUCUUGUAAUUAUUUUUGAAAAAAUAUUGUAUUUUGAGCAAAAUGAAACUACUAUACGUGUACAAUUCUGAUCCACAAAUGUCUUUUGCACAUUUCUUUACAUAUCUUUCUUUGAGAACAUGCAUUGAUAAAGCAUUUUUUUUCAAGAUCCAGAAAUGAUUUUUCUUUUAAUUUCGGAUAUGAAAUGUAAAAUGCAUUAAAUAAAUAAAUUAUCAGUUAAAAAAUGGGGGUCACCGAACUUUUUAGGGAAUUGUGGCAUUAAAACAUGAAAUACAAGUAAAUAAAUAUACCACAGACACAGGAACCCUAGCUACACUUUUGUAUGCCUUUUUUGAAAACAUUGAUUUUAACGUAAUUCUUUGCACGAAUCUAACCAAAGAUGUUUUGAAGUAACAUAAAAUUGUCAUAAAACGAUAUUUUGUUUUAAACGGUACGUAUAAUGGAUGAAAUUAUAAGUUAUAAGAUGUGCGCAGUAAAAGUGCGCAAUGCAAAACUGCGGAAUUACCUUAAGUUGUUUUGUUUUUCAUUUACCCAACCUUUUACUCACUAAAAAUUUCGUUUACCCAACCCUUUUUGCUUCAGUGCCCCCGCCAUAAACAAUGAUCAGUUCCUUAAUAUAUCUCUUGUAUUCAGGUCGAUGGAACCCUCUACCGUAUGCCUACAAUGUCUGGAGACUUUCAUUUUACCCUCUCAAGGGAAUUUGGAGUCCUUUGGUUAGAUCUUAUAAAAUUGAUGAAAGUUUGUAUUAUCCUAUGAAAGGUAACUUAUAACAAUCUGAACUGACUUUAUUUUAUACUGGAUAGUUCUAUCACUUCUUAACUGUUCUCCCUGAUGGUCCAGUAAGGGUCCGUAUUGAUCCAGUGCCACUACAGGAGGAAACCUAAACUGAACUAACUUUAUUUAUACUGGAUAGUUCUUAUUAUCAGUUCUAAACUGUUCCCCCUAGAGGUCCAGUAAGGAUCAUCCCUUAUUGAUCCGGUGUUACUACAGGAAGAAACCUAAAUAGCUAGUUCUAUCAGUUUUAAACUAUUCUCCCUAGAGGUCCAAUAAGGGUCAUAUCCUAUUGAUUUAGUGUUAUUACAGAGGAAACCUAACCUAAACUUUAUACUGGAUAAUUAUAUCGGUUCUAAACUCAGUCUCCCUUGAAUUCCAGUAAGAGUCAUCUCUUAUUGACCCAGUGUUACUGCAGAAGGAACCCUAAACUAACGUUAUUUAUACUAGAUAUCUUUAUCAGUUCUAAACUGUUCUUCCUGGAAGUCCAGCAAAGAUCAUCUCUUCAGUUUUGAACUGUUCUACCUAUAGAGGGCCAAGUAAUCUCUUAUUGAUCCAGUGUUACUAAAGGAGGAAACCUAACCUAACCUAACUUUAUUUACACUGGAUAGCUCUAUCAGUUCCAAACUGGUCUGCCUGGAGGUCCAGUAGGAGCAAUCUCUUAUUGAUCCAGUAUUAUUCUACUAAACGAACUAUUAAGACUGCCAAGCUAUAUUAUUUGUACUAUUUAAAACACGAGUAGGAGUGAGGCGCAGCCGAGCGUUUUAUGUCUGAUAAAAAACGACAACGAUUGUUUUGAAUAGCUUAAAAUACGACUACAAAAGAAUACUAAUUAGGAUGAACCAUUAUAUAAUCAUACUAAUUAGGAUGAACAAUUAUCAGAUAUUAAGUCACUCCACGUGACAUAUUAUGGCUGACAUGAUUUGCCACAAGGUUAUGAAUUAUUAAUGAGUAUUUUAAUGUUAUAUAGUAAUACACGUAAUAUCCAUUCUAUAUUUGUUUAGCAUAUCAUUUUGCUGGUUUUGGUGUAAUAAGAAAGCCGUGGGAAGUAAAGACAAGGCCGUCAAGACUAGAAUCAUCCAAAUUCACUGGACCACUUCUGAAGUAAGGCACGAUCCAUUCUUGACAUUAUAUAGACAUGAAAGGUGACAAGUUUAAGUGGCAGGCUGGCUGAUAAUUUUAUCGAGCGAACACCAAAGACAAGUUGUUACAGGUCUGCAAACAAGUUGUUACAAGUCUGUUCACACGAUAUAAUAUCGUCAAUCUCAUUAUUAAUCCAUGAAGAAAACACAAAAUAAAUCAUGAGCGUGAAGGAGUUUGUAUAUCUGAUACAGAAUCAUGAUGAUUUACAUACACUUUAAGUUCAAUUUUCUUACCAAAUAUUAAUUUGUUUUAAAUUGUUGAAGAAUGCGAAAGUUCUCAUCAGCAGCCAUCACAAGCCUUUUACUCUCGCCAUCUGCUCGCAUCUGCCUUCGCCUCCCAUCAUAUUCAUGUUUGAUUUUUCCUGGCAUUUGCCGCAUCCAUUGGGGGGGGGGGCAGUUGACUCACCCCCACUGCCUCUCUGACGCGUACGCCCAUGUUCUGCUCGACUUUGUAUAUCCGAAACAAUACUGCCAUUCAUGUUGUAAACAGUAGAGACCUUACGAUUUUAGGAUCCUUCAAAUAAAUGGUAGUAAAGAUAAUUCGGCGUAUAUUAUCAAUCGUAUGAAUUUAAUACAGUCUUAGAAGUCGAAGACAUGGGUUUUAUGUUUGGGAAGAGUUCUGCUGAACCCAGUUUGAAGUUGCACUUGUUGCGGCUUGAAAUGCAGCCGUUGUAUCAAGAAGUGAAAGUCUGUGAUUUGGCGUUGUAAACAGAGCGAAUUCGAAGCUAGGACCAGGGACGCCGGCACUGGGGGGCAGGGGGGGCGACUGCCCCCUUGCCUUUUGCUAGGGGGGGGGCAGGGCGGGCAGAAGUGCCCUUUUAGUUGUAAAAUACUACGUGAUAAAUCACAUUUACAACAAUGCUUUUUGUACGAAAAUCCUGAGAUUCAGACAAUUUAUAGUGUAUAUUUGACUUUUGGUAUGUCCGGAAAAAAUUUUUGACCCCUAAAAUGGUACACUGAUUUUUCAAUUCUUUUCAAUUAUUUAUUGUAUUGGUAGCCGUUGCCGUCCCAAAUCGUAAGGUCUCUAGUAAUGUACUCAAAGGGUUUAAACUGGAGACUUGACAUAUAUGAGACAUAUAUAAUCCAGGUGUUUAACUGCCUUCGUCAAUUGAUCUCUUUAGACGAGAGGAUACAAUAUCACUUUGGUGGCAAAUGUUUUACGAAGCAAUUGAUGAGUUUGAACUCAAUGAUUGGUGGAAAACGACAAAAGUUUAUAAAAACACGUAAUUAGACACAAGAUAUAUUGAAUUUAUAAAUACAUAUAUGUAACUAUUUUUUGUCAAUUUUAGAUAAUUUAUUGCCAAUACUAGAAAUUUUAAUGAAAUGUAAAUUAUAGUUUUUAAUAUAAGUAUAAAU